AUGCUGCUCGAAGAGCUACGCGCCGCCGAAGAAGAGCAAGAACAGGCGCUUGCAGCCGCAAAGCAAGCUCAUGACACUCUAAACCAUACAAAGAAGGAUUCAUUAGACCUUAGAACAUGUGAUAAAAUCAGUGAGGGUGAAUUGGUGCAGGGAAUGACCCACAGUCUUCAACGCCUCGACGUGAAUGAACAAAAUUCCGUUACUACAGUGAAUAUGUCGCCUCUAGUGCCUAUAAUUGUCGACUCAUUGGUAGAAUAUCAUGCCAAUAUUGGCUGCUACCAGUGUUAUCUCUUUGUAGAUAGCCAAAAUAGAGAUGGCUACAAGCAGAUGGAGAUUUCUGAUGUUGCACAACUUUGCGUUCGAGUAGAAUUUCCAUACGUAGAGCUCAUGUACAGGGACAGCAAGGACACAGAAAGUGUCAAAGUUCUGUGGCGGACAGAAAUCGAGCGGAAUGUGGAUGCGACUCAAUGUUCUGUUGAGGAUAAAGAGGAUCAUUGGUACUUGAGACUCCCGAUCCAAUCAAGUGACAAGCAACCGCUGGGCGGAUUUUCAUCGUUCACGCAAGUGUCUUCUAUCGAGCUACGACCGCAGAGUUACGCGUCCGUGUGUUGUAGAGGGUGCAGUGCACAGCUGCUUGAUGGCAAGGGAUACGUCAAGAUUGAAAAAGUACUGCCCCUACCGUCUGCUAAUUGGAUGGAUAUGUUUGACUUCUGGGGGGCUGGUAUUGGAGCUUUUGAGCAUAUUCCACGUGACGAUAUUCACGCACAGCUACAUCGAGUUCUUGUUGGCGAGUCAUAUGUACUGUUGCACGCUUAUGACUUGGUGCCAAAAGCUGUGGCAAUAGAUUGUGAGGACGAGGCGGCUGUUGCAUUUGGCGACGAUGCGAAGGAGGAGCGUGAGUGGGUGCCAUUGUUCUGUGUUGCCUGCUCAGAGCUGGUUGGUCUGCGUAGUGUGGAACAGCCAGAAACAGUUCGUCUACACAAGCACCGCAUAAGUGCGUACCAAUUACUAGAAGCUGAUGCGAAAGAUAACCACGUUGAGGAAGACCAGAAGAGGGAAAAUAUCUUCGGCAACUACACGAUCGACAGCAUUCUAGGCGCCAAGCUGUUGGAAAUGGCAGACUCGGAUGGCAUUUUCCGAUUCGUAUUGACAUCGUCUGGCGACCAACGCGAUUACAAUCUGUCGUGUGGAAGACAAGGCAGCACUGCAGAUACAUCGUCAACGGAAUUGCAAUUACAACUGCUAAGCUGGGAGACUAUGAUUAAGCAGCAGGAUACAAAAAGGUUUUGUCGCGUGCUGAAGGUUUUAUACAGUCCUCGUCAACCGACGCCUGCGAUUCCUGGCCUAUUGCCUUGGCAUGAAGUGUCGCUACCACCAACCAUGUGCUUGGCCCUCUCGAAGCGUCUUCAAGCGAGUUCGAAACUGCUGCCAUCUUCACUACGCAACUUUAACCGGAUGAGUGUCGGCUAUUUGUUUGCUUGA